AUGAAAAUGAACAAUAUUUGUUUUCGUAUAAAAACUGUCCUUAGUAUUGUUAUUGUCCUUGUUACUAUUAUCAAUUGUGGUUAUUCGGCCAGUGUUUCAAAAAAAUAUGAUGAUCUCUUUACUAUUAAUGUUACUAUGAACAAUUAUGAAACAAAACAGGAAGAUGAAUAUGCAUAUGUUCAACAUAAAUUACCCGAUGAAGAAUUAUUUAUUGUUGGAUAUUCACCAUUGAUCAAUAUGAAUUCAGCUCAUCAUAUGCUUUCAUAUGCCUGUUCAGAACCCGGUUCGGAUAAACCAUUCUGGACUGGAUAUGGACCAUGUAGUGGUCAGCAAAUGAUUAUUCAUGGAUGGGCUCGAAAUGCACCUUCAUUUACACUACCUGAAGAUGUCGGUAUUCCUGUUGGACGUAAUACACCAUACAAAUAUAUUGUUAUUAAUAUUCAUUAUUUGUUAAUUUUGAAAAAUGAUAAUUCUGGAAAUCAAUUAAUUCUGACUCGAAAACCACGUAAAUAUCAUGCAGGUGUCUUAUUAAGUGGUACGGGUGCUAUCUAUCUACGACCAAAAACACAUACUAUUCGAACUCCUUUUUCAUGUGAAUAUAAUGGACCACCUAUUUCUAUCUUUGCUGCUCGUGUUCAUGCCCAUCAAUGGGCACGAGUUAAUUCGUUGUAUCGAGUACGUAAUGGAGAAAUUUCACAGGUUGUCAAAGGUGAUCCACAAUGGCCUCAAUCAUUCUAUCCACUUCCAUCAACUAUUGAAAUUCAAAAUAAGGAUUAUAUUGUUGGUCAAUGUGUCUAUGAUAAUAAUGAUGAUCGAAUUAUUACUGCCGGAUCAACGCAUCACGAUGAAAUGUGUAACGUAUAUGUGAUGUAUUCAUAUGAUCCAAAACAUGACUUAUCUCCACCUCAAAUGUGUUGGGAUAAUGGAAUCAGCAGAAUGGCAAGUCUGAUUCCUCCAGAUAGUGAGAUUCCUCCUCUUAAACCAGCUGAUAUUAGUGGAACACAGAAUGGUCAUCAUGCUCAUGCUGAACAUGCAAUGAAUUCAUACACAGCUAAUUUAUAUAAAAGUGUCGAAAAUUGGCCUGAUAUUAAAUCAUUACCAGCUCAACUUGGUCAAGUAGGUGGUAUUGCAUUAAAUAAUGCAAAUGAUGAACUUAUUGUAUUUCAUCGUGGUUCUCGAAAAUGGGAAUUUAAAUAUUUUAAUGGUUUUAAUUUUCGUAAUGAAGAUUAUGGUCCAAUUGAAGAAGAUGUUCUUAUUCAUAUUGAUACACGUACAGGACAAACAAAAUUUCGAUGGGGUUCGAAAAAAUUUUAUAUGCCACAUGGUUUAACAAUAGAUCAUGAAGGAAAUUUUUGGUUAACUGAUAUUGCUAUGCAUCAAGUUUUUAUGUUUAAACCAAAUGAUUUAAAUCAUUCAGCAUUAAUUGUUGGAGAAAUGUUUAAACCUGGUUCAGGACCUAAUCAACUUUGUCGACCAGCUGAUAUUGCUGUUAUGAAAAAUGGAGAUUUUUUUGUUGCCGAUGGCUAUUGCAAUAGUCGUAUUAUUAAAUUUAAUCGCAAAGGAGAAUAUAUCAUGGAAUGGGGUUCACCAAUGUCAGGAAAACUUGAUAGUGAUGGUUUUCCACUACCUAAUGAAUGGAAUAUUGUUCAUUCAAUAGCAUUAAAUGAAGAUGCACAAUUAUUAUGUGGUGCUGAUCGAGAAAAUUUUCGUAUUCAAUGUUUUAAUUCAAAUACAGGAGAAUUUCAACGACAAAUACGUGUAGAGAUAACAGAAAAGAUUGGUGCAAUUUAUGCUAUUGAAUUUGCACCAAAUACUAAUGGAACAAUUUUAUUUGCUGUUACUGGAGGAGCACAAACAUCAAAUAAAAAAGUUUAUAUGAUUGAUGCACAAAAAGGAGAAAUUUUAACAUCAUUUGAUUCAAAUCCACAUUUAAAUGCUCCACAUGAUAUUACUGUAUCAAUAAAUGCUCGUGAAAUUUAUGUUGGUGAAUUAGCAUCAUCACCUAAUAAUGCUUUACGUAAAUUUGAAUUAUCUAAGCAAAAAGAUCUUCCGACACAAGCGUUUAUUAAACGAAUCAAUCUCAAUGAUAAAAAUUUUCGUAUUUCUUUAAUUAUAAUGGCUGCUUUUGCCAUUCCUGUUCUUGCUUCUGUGAUUAUUGGAUGUAUUAUUCGAAUAAGAAAUAAGCGUAAAAUUCAUCGUUUGAAUACAUUCCCCACUGAUGUGAAAAAUCGUGAUACUAGCAAUAGUUCGUUUCUUUGUUGUUGGACGAAUCGACGAAAAGGUUUUAAAAAAGUACCACAAGAUUCUGAUGGAGAAAAUGAACCAUCAGAUACAUAUAUUGCUGAUGAUCCAUGUAAUAGUUCUGGUGAUGGCACAAUAACUACUACAAAAAAAACAACAAGCAACAAAAUUUAA